AUGGAGGGUGUGCACAAACAUUACUGUAUCUUGCUAGUACUACUAGUUAUAAUCGUUGGGGCAUUCCCAUUUUGUUCUUCACAAACAACUAGAAGGUUUCAAUUUAAUGUUGAGUGGAAGAAGAUGACGCGUUUGUGCACUACUAAGCAACUUCUAACGGUGAAUGGGCAGUAUCCAGGGCCAACCAUAGCUGUUCAUGAAGGAGAUAAUGUUGAGAUUAAGGUCAAAAAUCGGAUUGCUCAAAAUACUACCCUUCAUUGGCAUGGAAUAAGGCAGCUAAGGACAGGAUGGGCGGAUGGACCAGCUUACAUUACCCAAUGCCCCGUUAGAGGAGGCCAGUCCUACACCUACAAGUUCACUGUUACAGAUCAAAGAGGCACGCUCCUAUGGCAUGCUCAUUACGCUUGGCAAAGAGCAUCUGUGUAUGGUGCUUUAAUCAUCUACCCUCGUAUGCCAUAUCCAUUCUCAGCUCCAAUUCAAGCUGAAAUGCCUAUCAUUUUUGGUGAAUGGUGGAAUGUGAAUCCAGAUGAAGUUGAAAAGAUAAUGAUGUUGACAGGAGCUGGGCCAGAUAGUUCCAGCGCUUACACCAUAAAUGGAUUGCCAGGACCUCUCUAUCCUUGCUCUAACAAAGAUACUUUUAUCCAGACGGUGGAAUAUGGCAAGACGUACAUGCUUAGGAUCAUCAAUGCAGCUCUAGCAGAUGAGCUCUUCUUUGCAGUAGCGAAACAUACAUUGACAGUCGUGGAGGUUGAUGCAGUCUACACUAAACCCUUUAAAACCACAUCCAUUAUGAUUGCUCCUGGCCAAACCACUACUGUUUUAGUGACAGCAAACCAAGUUCCAGAUUCCACAGGCAUGUUUGUGAUGGCAGCAAGGCCUUAUCUUACUUCUGUUUUCCCCUUCAACAACUCCACCACAAUCGGUUUCUUGAAGUACAAGAAUGCUAGGAGCCAGAAAGGAAAACCCCCAGUUGAUCUGAGUAGCCUUCAAUUUCACAACCUUCCGGCAAUAGAAGACACUGCAUUUGCCACAAAAUUUUCGGACAAGAUUAAAAGUCUUGCGUCUCCUCAGUACCCAUGUAAUGUGCCUAAGACAAUUAAAAAGCGAGUGAUAAUAGCUAUAAGCCUUAACCUUCAAGAUUGUCCUGCAAAAAAAACCUGCUCGGGCUUCAGGGGAAAGAGUUUCUUUGCUUCAAUGAACAACCAAUCGUUUGUUCGGCCUUCCAUCUCGAUAUUAGAAAGCUAUUACAAGAACCUCACAGUCAGUAGUUUCUCUUCUGAUUUCCCAGAAAAACCACCGAACGCUUUUGAUUAUACUGGUGGGGAUCCAUUGACUCAAAACAUGAACACUGAAUUCGGCACCAAACUUACUGUAGUGCCUUAUGGCACAAACAUAGAAAUUGUGCUGCAGGACACAAGUUUUCUUAAUUUGGAGAACCACCCAAUUCAUGUCCAUGGUCACAACUUUUUCAUUGUUGGGACUGGAUUUGGAAACUUCAACGAAGCCAAGGAUCCGAAAAGAUACAAUCUUGUUGAUCCUCCAGAGAGGAAUACAAUGGCAGUUCCAAGUGGAGGAUGGGCUGCUAUCAGGAUCAAAGCAGAUAAUCCAGGAGUUUGGUUCAUACACUGCCACCUUGAGCAACAUACUUCAUGGGGUCUAGCCACUGGCUUUAUUGUACAAAAUGGUCAGGGACCAUCUCAAAGCAUGCUUCCUCCUCCUCAAGAUCUUCCUUCCUGCUAA